AAGUAAUCUGAGGAUAUAUCAAAACGGGUAAAGUAAUCUGAGGGUAAAUUUCUUCAAUAUUGUAGGUCUCUCUACUGAGGAAGGAAGGAAGGACGAAGAUAUCUUCUCAAUUUGAUAAUUCAGAGCUUUCAGAUCGUUUGUAAGAGACUUUGAUCGAUGAGUUGAAAUUAUUGUGGAAUCAAGGUGUGGAAACAUAUGAUGUAUUUCGUAAGCAAAACUUCAUAUUGCGUGCAGCUUUGUUGUGGACUUUAAAUAAUUUUCCUGCUUAUGGAAUGUUGUCUGGGUGGUCAACUGCUGGUAAGUUAGCCUGUCCAUGUUGUAUGGAAGGCAUCAAAGCCUUCAAAUUAAAACAUGGAGGUAAGAUUUCAUGGUUCGAUUGUCACCGUCGAUUCUUGCCAAUGCAUCCUGAAUUUAGGAGAAAUACUACUGGAUUUAUGAAAAAGCAAAUUAAUUUUGAAGAACCACCUGCAACUUUAUCGCCUGAAGAAGUGUGGCAUAGAUUUAGGGAUCUACCUCAGGUAACAAAUUCUCCACAAUCUAAGAUACCUGGUUAUGGUGUUACACAUAAUUGGACAAAACAGAGCAUAUCUUGGGAGUUGCCUUAUUGGAAGCAUAACCUUCUUAGCCAUAAUUUGGAUGUCAUGCGUAUUGAAAAAAACUUUUUUGAUAAUAUAUUCAAUACUAUGAUGAGAUCAAUAACAAGACAAAAGAUAAUUUGAAGGCUAGGAUGGACUGGAAAGAAUAUUGCAAAUGAAGUGAGUUGUACUUGACAUACCUUAACAACAAUAUUCAAAAGCCCAAGGCUAGUUACACACACACGCACACGCACACGCACACGCACACAUGCCUACUUCUAAACAAGAUUCAUCAUCUCUUUAACUAAUCAAAGUUGUUAUUUUGUCGGACAGUUAUUUUGUUGGUACAUAUGGGAAUGAUGUUGUUUAUUCUAGGUUUUCUGGGUGGUUUAGAGAAUAUGUAAUUGUUACCUGAUAAUAGUAAAUAUUUUCCCAUCAAUUACAUGUAUUUGUAGAAUUCUAAAUUUUGUUUAAUUCAAUAUAGGUUCAUAAUCCAAUUAAUAUCGUGGGCGACGUGAAUGUGCAAUUUUUACGAGAUAUUUCUUGGGGACCUGAUCAUACAGUUAGAAUAAUGUCCAAGUACUUCAUCAAUCUGUAUAAAUUUCAUACAGAAGAAUGGUCCAAAGGCAAGAAAACUAAUAAUAGUGGGGUGUGGGUGAAAGGUAAGGGGGAUAUUCAUUAUUAUGGUGUUCUUCAAGAAAUUAUAGAACUCGAGUAUCUUGUUGGUUGUCCAAAGAAAAAGAUAGUAAUCUUUCGGUGCAAGUGGUAUGGUCCUGAUUCUAGUGGUACAAAGGUUCAUCCUCAAUACAAAAUAAUUGAAAUUAAUCACACAAGGCAAUAACAUUUCUAUGAUCCAUUCAUCAUUGCACAAAAUGUGAAACAAGUGUAUUACAUUCCUUAUCCUUUCUGCAAGAAUAAAUCAUUGUGGCAUGUAGUUAUAAAAACAAAGCCCGUGGGGAGAGUGGAAGUUGAGGAUGCAUUGGAUGUAGCGUAUCAAAAUGACAUUUCAAGUGUUUAAACAAUAGUAGAUGAUGAAUUAGCACGUGAAUUGCAUCUUAGUGAAGGCAUCUAUGAAGAAUUUGAUGCUACUGUCCUUCAAUCAAAUCCAAAUAAUUAUGGGGAAGGAACAUCAAAAGUUAAUGAGGAGGAAUAUGAAACUGAUGAACAUGAAACAAGUGAUGAGGAACUACUUGAAAAAAAAUGAAAUAAGUGAUGAGGAAGAAUUUCAUAGUGAUUAUGAAUCAAACAAAGAUGAUUGACUUUUUUUGUUUGAUGUGUUGACAAAUUUGGAUCAUUAUUUUAUCCAAUGUUUUUCUCUUGAGUUUAGUUCAUAUAUUGGAAUACGUUGGAUGUUAUAAUGUUUAACUUGAGCUUAAUGUGAGCUAUAUAUAAUUCAUUAUCUCAAAGUCUAGAUUGUCUAAGAUAAGUUUCUGUUUGAGUAUUUUUGUAUUUUAUAACAAAAGAACGAUCUGAUUUUUUUCUGAUUGAGUAUUACCAUAGUCAAAGUGCUUCUAUUUUAUCAUGAUUUGUUAUAGGUAGUUUUAAGGUGAUUUUAUUUCCUAUAAGCUAUAAAUUUUUCAAGUAGUACAUCACUUUUAGUUAUUUUACUCAAUCAUAAUGUCUAUGUUUUAAUAACCUUUAUUGUCAUUAAUGUAACUUACUGAGAUGAAACAGGUGUAUAGAAAAAUGUUGCGAUCUUUACUUAUUGUGCACUUGAUACUUAUCCUUAUGCUUAUUUUGAGUGUUUUUUUAGAAAAUGAAGAAUAUAUCUGGAAAGCUUCGAAAGCAAACAAAUAAAAAGAAACAACAAAAUUCUCAAUCAGCUUUAUUGCCACCGACAAGUCAAUCAAGUCAGCCAUGUGCAGGUCCUCCUAAGGAGGAUUCCUUCCCAUCAACAUUUCCUCCUCAAGGGACUUCACUGCCACAUACCAAAACAUCACUAUCAUCUAUCAUUCAUUCUCAACAAAAUUCACAGCCCCCUAGUUUUCCUCUCUUUUCGACAUCAUUACCUCCUUCCUUUUUUAGUAUACCACCAUCUGGGCCUAUUAAAAAUAACUCCACAACUUCUCAGGGAAGGAAUACAAGUCUUCAGGAUAAUAUUGUGCCCACGCCUCAUAUAAAUUCUUCUUUGAGUAAUCGUAUAAGUCAAAAAGUCUGCUCCCAUCAAUGCUUCCACCAUCGACUCAAGCUGCAUCUCCAGAAUCAUCGACACGUAGCAUAUCUAGGUCAAAUAUUGGAGUUGAUAUACCAGUAGCACCAUCUGUGAUCCAUAGUACUUCUGCACCAGACCAAAUACUCAAAAUGCUAGAGAUUAUGAUGUUUUUCAUAGGUUCAUUAUCACUCCUGAUGAGUAUGACUUUGCGCCAUCAUAUCUUGUCUCGCAUAUGAUUUCAGAAUCUAUUACACCAUUCUCCAAUGAUGCUUGGGGCAAAUGGAAAGAAUUUUUGUACAAUAUAAGGGAACAAAUAUGGAAUCAAUUUAAGAUGAAGUGUGUAUGGUAGCCAUGUUAUGAGAAAAAAUAAAUUCCAAUUAUGAGAGGAAUACUCGUAUAUGAAUUAUAGAAAUGUUGUUUUGAGGCUCGAAAAAAUGAGAAACCCGAUUUCCUACGACAAGACGUAUGAGUUAAAUUUUUAGAGAAAUGGAACACUUCUGAAUUCAUUUACACACCGGAGGUUCUAUGAGUUUCGCAGUCCACAAACGAAAAAUGACAUAUCGGGAAAAAGCUAUAUAUCAUGGGUACUCGAUGCAGAAAUUCAUCUUGAUGCGAUGGGUCUAGCAGACACAAUCCAAGAAAAUAAUCAAGCAUCGAAUCAAAACCGUGCUAAGGCCAUGAUAUUUCUCCGUCAUUACCUUGAUGAAGGUUUGAAAAUGGAAUAUCUCACUGUUAAGGAUCCUCUGGUGUUGUGAAACAAUUUAAAAGAUAGAUAUGACCACCUGAAGUUGGUCGUCCUUCCACAGCCAUGGAAAAGGGAGAAAGCUCUACUCCUACACUUUCCGAAGACGAAGUCUGGGCCAAACUCAUACCGACAGACUCUCGCUAUUCAGAAAUUGAGUUAAGGUUGAAGGAGACCGUAAUAUGCAGUGAAGUAAAGCAUUCUUCUUCUGAAAAGCAAGAUUGGUGUAAAAUAACAAGGAAUGUGGAUCUAGAUUCUGCCAUGAUGCAAAAUAGAAGUUUGAAAGAAAUUCUUGUUGAUGAGACGGUUGUUCAGGAAGAGCAUGCUGCUGUAAUUAAGUGUGGCAGUGAAAUUUCACUAGGUCCCAGUGAUGAAGGUUAUGUGAAAUACCGAUUCGAAAUAAUGCCUACUGAGGAAUCUCGCAGGUACAUACAGAUUUAUCUCGAUGUCGAGUAUGCAAAAUGCUGUAUCUGCUUGAACAUCUGGCAUGAUGUUGUCACAGCUGCACCUUGCCUUCACAAUUUCUGUAAUGGAUGCUUUUCAGAGUGGUUAAGGAGGUCCCAAGAGAGGCGUUCAAGUGUUUUAUGUCCCCAUUGCAGAGCAGUUGUACAUUUUGUUGGAAGGAACCAUUUUUUGCAUAACAUUGAGCAAGAUAUACUGCUUGCUGAUCCUUCUUUGAAACGCUCGAGUGAAGAUAUUGUGCUGCUUGAUUCCAAUGCAUCAAUAAAGUCACCACUUGUCCUCAGCAGUAGAAAAAGUCGCAGGAAGAGGGAACGUUCUCCAUCAGAUGCAGCAGAUAGGUGGGAGCAUUCAUGCCCUCAGUGUGACACUGAAUAUGGAGGUUAUCAGUGCAAUGAAAGCACAGUUCAUCUUCAAUGUCAAGCAUGUGGAGGAAUGAUGCCCUCUCGAUCAAACGUUGGAGUGCAACAACACUGUUUGGGAUGUGAUCGAGCAUUUUGUGCUGCUUAUUGGCCUUCUCAGGGAGUUAAUGGAAGCAACUCGCAUCCACUCUGCAGUCCUGAAACAUUCAAGCCUAUUGCAGAACAUACAGUUUCUAGAAUCCCCUCCUUGGCACAUGAGAAGAAUCAUUAUGAACAAAAUAUCACUGAAAGAUGCAUUAGACAGAUGGGAAGGUCAUUGCAAGAUGUGGUAGCUGAAUGGAUUUUGAAGUUUGAUAAGCGGGAGAUAGAUCGCACAAGAAUGCCAUUGAAUCAUGCCGAGAUGAUAACUUCUUGUACUUCUACUUGUAGCGAGUGCUAUGACAAGUUAGUCUCAUUCCUCUUGUAUUGGUUCAGAGUUACACUGAUAAGCCAUCAUUUAGCUCCAGAGGAUGCUCAAAGGCAAGACUGUUGGUAUGGAUAUGCUUGUCGUACACAACACCAUAACCAAGAACAUGCUCGGAAGAGAAAUCAUGUCUGCCAGCCGACGAGGGGUAGUCAUGUCUAGAAAAUUCUGCUUCUGGGAACGAACUCCAUUCUGUUUUUGUGAUUUUCAUAUAUGAUCAACUAUAAACAUCUAGCUGUUUUUCUUUUCUUUUACUGUUCAUAUGUUCCUUUUUCGAGUUCAUAAAUUGGUAAAAGUAAAAUAACUUGGCAGACAUGCUUGAUGAGUUUCAAA